CUCUACUGCCACUAACCACCUUAGAGCUUAGAUUAGAUAGAAGAUAAGAGAGCAGUACGAGUACAUGACUGGUCACUCCGACCAGACACCAACCCACCACACCACUCCGGUAGUAGCAGUAGUAUACCAGUACUGAUACUGCUAGAAACGUAGACAGGGAUGAAAUGAAAUGCGCGGUGGGGAUUAACCGAUAACCAAAUCAAACCAACCAACCAACCAAACAAACAAUCAAAUUGGGCAACAAUGGCAUCCGUGGCUGAAGGCCUCCGCAGCUGCUGCUGUAGCAUCUUCUUCUUGCGCCUGCAGUCUCAGUACCGCCGCCGCCUCAGCCUGACUCAGCUCUCCCACUUGUGCACCACCACUAAACCAUCUUCAUCUUCUCCCUUCAAACUCAAUGGAGGCCUCCGCAAAAGAAACACCUACCUCGCCACCUUAAAUCUCUCCUGCUCCAACGUUGAUGUUGAUACCGAUGACGGUGGCUGGAGUCAGCAGCAAAACCAAUCUGCUGCUGCCCGGCCGACCAAAAGGAGAGUGCUGUUGCUUCAGGGUGUCGUUGCCGCUGGCUCAUGUUCCCUCCCUCUUGCAUUAAUUACCACUCCCAUUGCUAAUGCUAAUUCUGUUGCUUUUUCAAGAGACACCGAUGCCCCCGCACAAGAUUACUUUCGUGUAUAUUCAGAUGAUGUUAAUAAGUUCCAGAUUCUGAUACCUCGAGAUUGGCAAGUGGGCAGUGGGGAGGGUGAUGGGAUAAGGUCGCUCACUGCCUUCUACCCUCAAGAGCCUUCUAAUUCAAAUGUCAGCGUAGUGAUCACGGGCCUUGGUGCUGAUUUCACCAGAUUGGAAUCCUUCGGCAAAGUUGAUGCUUUUGCAGAAACUCUGGUUAGUGGGUUGGAUAGAAGCUGGCAAAGGCCACCGGGUGUUGCAGCAAAACUUAUAGAUUCCAAAGCUGCUAAUGGAUUAUACUACAUCGAGUACACACUCCAAAAUCCUGGUGAAAGUCGUAGACACUUAUUUUCGGUGCUUGGAAUAGCAAAUAAUGGUUGGUACAAUAGAUUGUAUACUCUCACUGGGCAGUUUGUUGAAGAGGAGGCAGAGAAAUAUGGUUCCACAAUCGAGAAGGCUGUUGCUUCUUUCAGAUUAAUCUAGUUGCUGCAAAUGAGGUUCAUUAUAAUUAGGCUGGAAUUCCGAUUUUUAAAGUCUUUGGUGGAAGAACACGUUGCAUGGAAACUUUAAAUCCAGCAUUGCAUUUCAAUGUAAGGAGGUGAAGUUCUAUUUUCUGGGGACUUGUCGGCCAUUUUGAAUUAGAUGGACCUUUGUUUAGUCCAAGUGCUAAAUAAAUAGAUUUUGUUGUUUACUUCAAAUUGGACUGGCUUACUUGAUCUGCAGAACUCGAAAAGCAACUCAGAUACUCGUGUUAUACAAACUCAGCACACAGUUUUUUAGGCUUUAAACUGAAUAGAUCCCGGAAAAUUUCAAGAUAUGUUGUGGAAGUGUUGUGACUACUAUGCUAUACUACUAGUGUGCAAUUUCCUUGUAAGAAAUAAGCAUGACAUGAACUUUCCUGGGACGUUUUUUGCUCUGUUAACCAAGUACCUGUGCGUUUAUGUGCUUUGCUUGUAUCCAUAAAGCAGGAACUUUCGAAACUCUCGAGCUUUCGAAAUGAGUUUUUGAGUUUGAAACCAAGCAUAUGGUUUGGUUCUAUUUGUGUUCCUGUUCAGGAGGAUGCCCUUACCACAUUAA